GAGAUGGAGGCACGCUUGCUGGAGCGGAGCUCCGAGUGGCAGAGCUCGGUGCAGGAGAACCUGCGAGGGAGCUUCCAGCGGGAGGUGGGCAAGCUGCAGCAGGAGGUGGCAGCGCUGAGGAGGGAGCUGGCUGCCCUCAAGUCGGACCAGGAGGUGAUGGGGAAGCACGUGGAGGGGAUGCUGGAGCAGCUGAAGGCAGUGCGAGCUGACGUGGAAGCGCAGUUCCCAGCAUGGGUCAGUCAGUUCCUGUCACAGUCCCGGCGAGAUGGCACUGCUGGCCUCAUCCUCCAGCGGGAAGACUUGCAAGCAGAGCUCCAGGCCCUGGAGCGCAAGAUCCUGGCCAAAGUCUUGGAGGACCGGAGGCUGUCAGCACGGGAUGCUCAAGCCGGUAUUGGAGUGGCCCUGCAGCAAGGGGGGACCGCGGGGGUGACGGAGGAGCAAGUGCAUCUCAUCGUGGGCCAGGCCCUGAAGCGCUACAGCGAGGACCGCGUGGGGAUGGUUGACUACGCCCUGGAGUCGGCGGGGGCCAGCGUCAUCAACACCCGCUGCUCGGAGACCUAUGAGACACGGACGGCACUGCUGAGCUUAUUCGGCAUCCCCCUGUGGUACCACUCGCAGUCCCCCCGUGUCAUCCUGCAGCCAGAUGUCAACCCUGGGAACUGCUGGGCAUUUCGUGGGUCCCAGGGCUUUGCUGUCAUCCGCCUCUCUGGCAUCAUCCGCCCCACAGCCGUGACACUGGAGCACAUCCCAAAAGCCCUCUCGCCCCAGGGGACCAUCCCCAGUGCCCCCAAGGACUUCGCUGUCUAUGGCUUGAAGGAGGAAGGAGAAGAGGAGGGCCUUCUCCUCGGGCAGUUCACCUACAACCACGAUGGCGACCCCAUCCAAACAUUUUACUUGGAGGGUGACGCUGUGGGCACGUACCAGCUGGUGGAGCUCCGGGUGCUGAGUAAUUGGGGACACCCCGAAUACACCUGCAUCUACCGCUUCCGCGUGCACGGGGAGCCGGCACACUGA